AUGGAAAAGCUAGAAAAUGUAAAAGCUGGAGCAAUUGAUAGCGUCGUUUUUAUACUUGAUUUUCAGGCUUCCAUUGCCGUUGGUUUUAAGGCUCAAAGACUAGAUUUUCCUUGUCGAAAGUUCACUUGCUAGUGAGACUAUCAGAUUGAUUCGACAUUGUGACACUUGAAUCAUGAGUUUUUCGGAUUCUGUAGUGAUAUCCCCACUCGCCCCAGCGUUCCAGUCAAUUGAUAUUACUUCUUCAAUCGCUAUAGUAAUCUUUCUUGCCACACUCACAGUAUGUAUAAUGACGAUUUCAUCGGUUUCCAUACCUUGCAAUAUAACUAACAAUUGUGAUAGUACCUAAUUGCCAUCACAUUCUACAACUACUACCUCCACCCCCUUUCCAAAUAACCCGGACCACUCCUAUGGACCCUUUUCCGGCUCCCCUUUGCCUACUCCCUUCAGUCAGGACAUCUAGUCCACGAGACCAAAAGAUUUCACGACAAAUACGGCCCCAUCGUUCGUCUUGCUCCAAACGAGUUAUCUUUCAUCAGCCCAUCAGCAUGGCAAGAUAUCUACGGCCACCGAAAACGCGGCCACAAAGAAAUGACGAAAAAUCCGAUCUGGGCUCAGCCUUCCCCUAAUGGUGCAUUCUCUCUGAUCAAUUGUAAAGAGGAAGAUCAUGCACGCAUGUGGAAGCCGUUCGUUCCGGCAUUUAGUAUGAGAGCGUUGAAAGCACAAGAAGAGAUUAUUCAGGGGUACGUGAGUAUGCUUAUGGAAAAGUUGAAGUCCCGCGCGACUUCUGGGGACGUGGUUGUGGAUAUUAAGGAUUAUUAUAAUUGGACGACCUUUGAUAUCAUUGUAGGUCUUCUUCAAGAAAAUGCUUUGUCGUGUUUGUCUAACCUCUAAGUUCUAGGGAGACUUGGGAUUCGGUGAACCAUUUGACUGUCUUCAGAAUGAACAAUACCAUCAAUGGGUCUCGUUCCUCUUUGGGCAUUUGAUAGCUGGUGCUCUCCUUGCAAGUGUAAACUUUUAUCCUUGGAUAUUCAAAGCUCUUCUGGCUCUGGUUCCCAAGUCUGCACAUCAAGCAGCAUUAGCGCACCACGCGAUGAGCUGUGACAAGGCCAAAAGACGCAUGAACUUGAGAACUGAUCGAAAGGAUAUUUUCUCACACGUCUUGGCCUUAAAUGAUGAAAAGGGGUUAACUCUGCCUGAGCUUGAGGCUACAGCUGCCAUCAUCAUUCUUGCUGGCUCGGAAAGUACUUCUACCAUGUUAACAGGAACCACUAAUUCGUUAAUGAGGAACCCGGAGAAGUUGAGUAAACUUACCGAUGAGGUUAGGAGUAGUUUCAGGAAAGAAUCAAAUAUUACUUUAGAUGCCUUAGAACAACUUACCUAUUUAAGAGCGGUUUUCCAGGAAGCGUUUCGCUUAUUGCCACCCGUGCCAACUCAAAUCCCUCGAAUCGUCCCACCAGAAGGAGAUACCAUCUGUGGACACUUUAUCCCUGGAAACGUAAGAAAAUACCAUUUCCUCCCUUCGAAACCCAUCUACUAACAAACUUUCGAAAACAAAAGACAUUCGUAGGCCUCCCCCAAUACGCAGCCUACCGCUCAACAGAGAACUUCAUACACCCCUCAUCCUUCCUACCCGAGCGCUGGCUCCCCUCGGACUCCCCCUUAUUUGUACCAAGCUCCUCGGAUCCCGCAUUCGAUAAGACCACCUUCUUGAACGACAACAAAGGCGUUGUACCGCCAUUUUCUGUCGGUCCAAGAAAUUGCAUUGGGUUCAAUCUCGCCUAUGCUGAAAUGCGACUCGUUCUUUCUCGGCUGUUGUGGAAUAUGGAUCUGGAAUUCCCUGAUACGUGUGGAAGAAAGGAUGACCGGCUGGUUUUUGAGGAGCAGAAGACUUAUGCCCUGUGGGAACGGGAACCUUUUCGUGCGAAGCUUUUUUGGGUUCGUUGA